GGCCGGCUGGAUCCCACACGCUUGCGAGCAGAAACACACACACACAUUCAGUCACUGUUUGCAGCCCCAAUGCGUGCAUGCGCGCCUCUGUGUUGUGUUGUGUGUGUAUAUAAGCGGAUUCCUAAAUGCAGGCGACCGACUGCACAUCGCGCUUGCGUCCCCUGCACUGCUCUACGGGUUAGAGACUGAAACAAGGGGGAAGAACAACAAAUAAAGCGGACAAAACAGCCCGAGGAUGCGGAUCCAUCCCGGCGAGGUGCAACCAGGAAUCGAUACGAUAUUGUAGUAGACAUGAUUUCUGAAUUGGUGAGCAGCGCGGUUGCUAUUGCCCUGUAUCUGAACACACUGAAUGCUGAUUUCUGUUACGAUGAUAGCCGUGCCAUUAAAGCCAACCCAGAUCUGCUUCCUGAAACGCCGUGGGUGAAUAUCUUUUAUAAUGACUUUUGGGGAACCCUGCUCACACACAGUGGCAGCCACAAGUCGUACCGGCCUCUGUGUACACUUUCCUUCCGUUUUAACUGUGCCUUUGGAGGUUUGGAUCCCUGGAGUUUCCAUCUUGUCAACGUGCUGCUGCACAGCGCCGUCACGGGCUUUUUCACGAACCUCUCCCGGCUGCUGUUUGGUGAUGGACAGUGGACGUUGAUCGCGGGCCUGCUCUUUGCUGCUCAUCCCAUCCACACUGAAGCGGUGGCAGGAAUCGUAGGGCGAGCGGACGUCGGAGCUGGGCUCUUUUUCCUCCUCUCUCUGAUGUGUUACAUCAGGCACUGUGAGCGCCGGGAACGUUCCCCAUGGAGCUGGCCCUGGCUGUUUGGGAGCUUCACCUGUGCAGUCUGCAGUAUGCUCUGGAAGGAGCAGGGAGUGACAGUCCUGGCUAUUUCAGCUGUGUACGAUGUGUUUGUAGACCGCAGGCUCAGGCUCUGCCAGCUCAUCUCAUUAAUUCACAAGAGGCAGUUGGCUUCCCUUGUGAUCAGGGUGGGACUGUUGGCUAUCUGGGGUGCCACUUUACUCGGUCUUCGCUUGUACUGGAUGGGGAACAAGCCACCGAGCUUCUCCAACUCUGACAACCCGGCGGCAGACUCGGACAGCUUGCUGGCACGCACUUUGACCUUUCAUUACUUGCCAGCAGCAAACUUCUGGCUCCUGCUGUGCCCCGACACUAUGAGCUUUGACUGGUCAAUGGAUGCUGUGCCUUUCAUAAGAACAGCCAGCGAUUGGAGGAACCUGCACACUUUGGCAUUGUUUGUUGUGUUACUGCUGCUCACCCAUACCAGCCUGAAGGGUUCUCCAAAUGACAGGGCAUGCAAUGGAAAAACAGUGAUGAAUGGCAAACAGAAUACAAAUGGGCACAGCUGCCACUCAACAAUGGAGCAUGGGAACAACGAACAGGGUUUUUAUUUUCUACAACGAACUGACCACUUUUUCAAGAGCGAUUUAAUUCAGGGGCCACCGACGGCUCAGAACAUAUUAAUUUUCUCCUUAUCGCUGCUUAUCGUGCCAUUCUUGCCCGCUACGAAUCUUUUCUUUUACGUUGGAUUUGUGAUCGCAGAGCGAAUCCUUUACAUUCCAAGCAUGGGAUUCUGUUUACUAGUAACGUUGGGCAUUAGGACCCUCUCUCUCAGAAUGAAGAAGAGAAUCUUUAAGAGCAUGAUCUUAUAUGCAGCCAUUGCUUUAAUCAUUUUAUAUGGGUUGAAAACCAUAACAAGGAACAGAGACUGGCAUGAUGAGGAAAUGUUGUAUAGAUCAGGAAUAAAGGUGAACCCAGCCAAAGCAUGGGGUAACCUUGGGAAUGUUCUGAAAAGCCAAGGGAAAGUUUUGGAAGCUGAAAAGGCCUAUAGAAAUGCCUUGUACUAUCGUAGCAACAUGGCUGAUAUGCUUUAUAAUUUAGGGCUGCUCCUGCAGGAAAAUGACCGGUUCACAGAAGCACUACAUUACUAUAAAUUGGCCAUUGGUAGUAGACCCACGCUGGCAUCUGCCUAUUUGAACACUGGGAUUAUUUUAAUGAACCAGGGCCGGUUAGAAGAGGCAAAGAGAACCUUUGUUAUAUGUGCUGACAUUUCAGAUGAAAACCUCAAAGAUCCUCACACUCACAGGAGUUCAGUAACGAGCUGCUUAUACAACUUAGGCAAGCUUCUGCAUGAACAAGGCCAACAUGAGGAUGCACUACUUGUCUACAAGGAAGCAAUACAGAAGAUGCCAACACAGUUUGCACCACAGAGCUUAUAUAACAUGAUGGGUGAAGCCUAUAUGAGACUGAACAAACUGACCGAGGCUGAGUAUUGGUACCUGGAGUCCUUGCAAUCCAAGCCUGAUCAUAUCCCUGCCCACCUUACGUUUGGGAAACUUCUAGCUCUCACCGGCAGGAAAGAAGAAGCUGAAAAGUACUUUUUACGUUCAAUCCAGCUUGAUCCAAGUAAAGGAAAUUGCUACAUGCAUUAUGGUCAGUUUUUGUUGGAGGAUUCCCGCCUGAUGGAAGCGGCUGAGAUGGCAGAGAAAGCGGCAGAUCUGGACAGCACGGAAUUUGAUGUUGUCUUUAAUGCAGCCCACAUGCUCAGACAAGCUGGCCUGAACAAAGCAGCUGAGAAACAUUAUGGAUUGGCAGCGGGACUUCGACCCAAUUACCCUGCAGCGUUGAUGAACCUGGGCGCCAUCCUACAUCUGAAUGGGAGGCUGCGAGAGGCUGAGGAGAACUACCUCCGAGCUCUUCAGCUCAAGCCUGACGAUGCCAUUACCCAGUCCAACCUUCGUAAACUGCGCAACAUCAUGGAGAAACAAGGCUUGAAUGUGCACAAAAGAGGAGAUGGUAAAACUUAGAUGGACUUGCUGAACACUAAACUCGGAAGAAUUGGCAAGAAUGUGGAUGAAAGUCUGUUUUUGUGACCCUGGGGAUGCCCUCCGGCAUUGAAACCCCUCAGAGUUUCUGGAGAUGGUGGGAAGUAUUUGGUUGGCAUGGGUCUUUUCCACCAGAUCUCCUGCACUCGCUCAGUAAAGGCACCUAAAAUUGUAGGAUCAGUCCAACUUACAGAACAUGAUAUCUUUAGUCUAGUUCUUAAUUCAACUAUAAUUCCUACAACAUCUUUUGAAGACUUUUUAACACAAUGUCCACGUGUGUUCUUGUGAAGCAAUCAAGCCUUCUGAAGGCAAGCAGUCUCAGCUCAGUGUACUCACUGAUAGAUCAGAGUGCUGUCUUGUCAAAGAAUUGGACAGUUCUUGGGUCUGCCUUCUUCCCGCUCGUCCUUUAGCUCUUCAAGGGUAGUUGGACAUUUUCCCCCUUUUAAGGCGAUGAAGAAAUGGAAUGCUCCAAGGAACAGUGAAGAUUCAUUAACGAGGAGGCUUCGUUGGUCUCUAUUUACAAACUGACCCUAGUUUUAUACAAGCUUGGCUUGUCUUGCAUUGGCCAAGACAGCAGAAAGUCAGAACAUUUAACUAAACAGACUCAACAACUAAUGCUGUUUUGAUGAAGGCACACAUUAUCAAUCAACUGUAUCUUUCAAUUAGUGCACAGAAAUGUAACAUUCUGCCUACUGGACACAGAGUCUGAUUCACACAGCUUUUGUUUAAAUGUGCCUUUUUACUUUAGCUUCAACUUACCAUUCAUAUACAAGUUGCAGACAAAUCACAGGAUACUUUUAUUUUAAGUCAUUGUCAAAAGCUUUGUGAAUUGGGAUCAUGCACCUGUCAGGACUGGAGGGCAAUAUGAGUGGUUCUGCCAGGUUAUUACCAGUAAUUUAUUAUACAAUGGCAGUGGAAGCUUGAGGUUAAGUAUUGGUAAAGUGGUCCCACAUCCACGUGGUUCUCCUUGUAUUCAACACAAUGCUGUGUAUGAUUCUAGUGUAAUUUACACAAUUGUGAUUUAAAGGUGGUUUUGGCUAAAAUAUAUUAAGCUAUUGCAUUGACUGUGGAAGAGUAAUUAAGAGUAAGUCAGGAUGGCACAAUGGUAGAGCUGCUGCCACACAUCGCUGGAGAUCUGGGUUCGAUCCUGACUUUGAGUGCUGUCUGUGUGGAGUUUGCACAUUCUCCCUGUGACCGAGUGGUUUCCCUCCAGAUUCUCUGGUUUCAUCCCACGAUCCAAAGACACAUGGGGUUAUAGGUUAAUUUAUCUUUGUAAAAUUACCCCUAAUGUUUUUCUGGAGUGGAUGAGAAAGUGGAAUAAAAAAUAACUAGUGGAAACGGAUGGUCAGUGUGGUCUCUGUGGGCCGAAGUGCCUGUUUCCCUGCCGUAGCUCUAAUCUCCAAUCUAACCUGAACUAUUCCAAUUCAAUUGAAAUGGCAUUGAUAAUGUUAAAUAUUACCAUUGUCUCCCACAACAAUAGAAGAACCUAUUUGCUUUUGAUACAUUUAAAUAAAGGCAGAUUUUUUCAGAAUUUUUACGGGAAAGAAAGGAAAAAGCAAUGACGUCCUGCAUUUGUUCUCCUUUUACUUUCGAUUUGUUUACAGCUGUCAUAGCUUGAUGAUUGAAUACUUUCAACUGAUUUGUCAGCCCCUGGGAACAGAUAUAUGUUGUAAGACUUCUACGUAAGUUAGGACACAAAGGCAUCAGUUUACAUCUGAACUUGAUUCACUUAAACCGAACAGCAGGGACUUUUUUUUUCUUUUUUUUAAAAAUGUGAUUGCAUGGCAGAAAUGACUAAUUGCUCUGACUAUAUUGGCAUUGUGUUGUAGCAAUGAUUCAAUCGUGGGUUUGUCUGAAAGUUAAGGGUGAAACCUUAACCAUGCAGGGAGAUUUCCUCUCUGCCUGGCCAAUGCUUUCAGGUUCUGAGAAAUGCUGAUUAAGUAUUACAUCCGCAUUGCUGCUCAGGGAUUUCAUAAAGUGGAGUAAUUUCAGACAGUGCUGAAGAGUACAAUGUGUUUACUAAAUUAAAAGUUUUAUUUUUAAAAAAUUGUUCUAUUUGUAUAAAUUAUCCAAAUUUGUAGAAGUGUUUCCUCUUGUAAAAUGACAGUGUAUAUGCCAGCUUAAAUCUCAAGCAUUUUCCCCAAUUAAAAGAAAGCAUUGAUGCAAACACA